CGUGUUCAUGAAGGCUUGUCUGCUCGUUUAUAUAUUCCUCGCUCGCUCGGUCGCCUUCCUUCUUGUUGUUGAACGCGUGUGCGAGGAAAUACUGGGGAGGAAGACCACCAUAUUCUAUAAUUUACGAAAAACCUUCGCAGAAUUUCGUCUUUCUUUCUCGUUCUUCCCCUCCGAUCACCUUUCUAUCCAGUCUUCUUCCUGUCUCUUCCCCCUUCCCCUCUCCCUCUCUACCGCUCUGUCUACUUCUUUUGCUCUCUUGCGCGCUUUUAAGAUCGUGUUCGUUAUUGAAAAGAGUGGAAGACAACGGUCGUGAACACAAGGCAAAUUCGCCUGAACCUAUUAAUUUUGGAACAGGGCAAAAAACUAAGUUUUAGCGUAGGUGGAGUGUUUUGCAAUUGAUCAAGUUGAGUUGGAUGAAGAUAAUCAUCUAGAGUCAUCCAAGUUUCUAUUGAACCCGGAGGACCCUGAAAGGUCAGUAGAUCCUGUAACUCAAGCGCGUUUGGAAGCUCUUCUGGAGGCAGCAGGUAUAGGCAAAUUGUCGUCAGGCGAUGGGAAGCACUUGGCAGAUCACGAGGUGCUCCGUCGUUUAACAUCUAGUGUUUCUUGUGCAUUGGACGAAGCAGCAGCAGCAUUAACGCGUAUGCGUAGCGAUAAUCCACGUACCCAAAACGAGAAGCGCUCGCUUGUGGAGGCCUGCACUGACGGCGACGUUGGUACUGUAAGAAAGUUGCUGACAGAAGGUCGCAGUGUUCACGAAACUACGGAAGAAGGAGAGAGUCUGCUCUCUCUUGCUUGUUCAGCUGGUUAUUACGAACUUGCUCAGGUAUUGUUGGCAAUGAAUGCAAACGUAGAAGAUCGUGGCAUCAAAGGGGAUUGUACCCCUCUGAUGGAGGCUGCCAGUGCAGGCCAUGUGGAUAUUGUAAGCUUACUUAUAGCACAUGGAGCUGAUGUUAAUGCUCAAUCAACUUCAGGUAACACUCCUCUGAUGUAUGGAUGUGCUGGUGGUCAUGAGGAAGUUGUACGUGUAUUGUUAGAAGCAGGUGCCAAUGUUGAAGAUCAUAAUGAAAAUGGUCAUACACCUUUAAUGGAAGCGGCCAGUGCUGGGCAUGUUCCAGUUGCCAAGAUUCUACUGGAACAUGGAGCUGGCAUUAAUACUCAUUCUAAUGAAUUUAAAGAAUCUGCUUUAACAUUGGCAUGUUACAAAGGACAUCUCGAAAUGGUGCGUUUCCUAUUGGAAGCUGGAGCUGAUCAGGAGCAUAAAACUGAUGAAAUGCACACUGCCCUUAUGGAAGCAUCUAUGGAUGGCCAUGUAGAAGUUGCACGUUUACUUUUAGAUUCUGGAGCUCAAGUAAAUAUGCCAACAGAUAGUUUUGAAUCGCCAUUAACUUUGGCAGCUUGUGGAGGUCACGUAGAUCUUGCGAUGCUUCUCAUUGAAAGAGGAGCGAAUAUUGAAGAAGUCAAUGAUGAGGGUUAUACACCUUUGAUGGAAGCUGCACGAGAGGGUCACGAAGAAAUGGUUGCAUUGCUUUUAAGUCAGGGUGCUAACAUCAACGCUCAGACAGAAGAAACUCAAGAAACAGCACUCACUUUAGCAUGCUGCGGCGGUUUCUUGGAAGUAGCUGACUUUUUAAUUAAAGCAGGGGCUGAUAUUGAAUUGGGUGCAUCUACUCCUUUAAUGGAAGCUGCACAGGAAGGACAUUUGGAUCUUGUUCGAUAUUUACUUGAAUCUGCUGCCGAUGUUCAUGCUCAAACACAAACAGGAGAUACAGCGUUAACAUACGCUUGUGAAAAUGGCCAUACCGAUGUCGCUGAUUUCUUAUUACAAUUUGGCGCUGACCUAGAACAUGAAUCUGAAGGAGGUAGAACUCCUUUAAUGAAAGCUUGUAGAGCAGGCCAUCUGUGUACUGCUCAGUUUCUUAUUUCCAAACGUGCUGAUGUUAAUCGACAAACAACAAACAAUGAUCAUACUCCCCUUUCGUUAGCUUGUGCUGGAGGUCAUCUUCCAGUUGUUGAACUGCUUCUUGCACAAUCUGCAGAUCCAUUUCAUAGACUCAAAGAUAAUUCUACUAUGCUGAUAGAAGCUGCCAAAGGUGGACACACUAGUGUAGUCCAACUUUUAUUAGAUUAUCCUCAUAGUAUUAUGAUGACUGCACCUCAUAAUACUACCCCUGCUCCUAUGUUACUCCCUCAACAACAACAACAACAACAGCAGCAGCAGCAGCAGCAGCAGCAACAACAGCAGCAGCAGCAGCAACAACAGCAGCAGCAGCAGCAACAACAACAGCAGCAGCAGCAGCAGCAGCAGCAACAACAGCAGCAGCAGCAGCAGCAGCAGCAGCAGCAACCACAGCAACAGCAACAGCAUGUAUCGCACCAGCCUCCAACACCUACACAACCUCAACAUCAACAACAACAGCAACAACAGCAAGCUGGAGAACAAUCACAAGUGCAGAAUCUUCAACCAAAACAUAAUACACAAAAAUCAUUGUUAAGAAAAAAUCGAUCUGCAACCAUAAUACCAGAUACAAGUCUUACCUCUGCUGAAGCACAGCAAGUCCGUUCCCAACCUGCAACAGAAACAAUAGUUACAGCAAAAGAUGAUACCAACAUUCUGGAUAAAGGUAGCGGAGGAUUCAAUAGUUUGUCCGCACCGAAUAUCAGUUUGAGUCCUGCUCCAGCUCCAACAUCUGGGUUGAAUACAUCCGAAAGCAGAAAGAACACUCGACAAGAGCAAAUUUUACAUAAGCAACACAUCCUUGAAGAGUUGCAAAGGGUAGAAAGAGAACUUCAAAUCAAGGGUGCAGGUCAUUUAUUUAAUGGUCCAAGAAAUGCCAACGUUAGAUCUACGCAGCAACCACAAGUUCAACAGCAAGAAUGUAAUGAACCUGAAACUUUCUUACCUGGUAUGCUCAAUAUUGACUUACCGGCUCAACCAGCAACUGCACCUCAUGGUUUAGUGUGCAGUACAACUGGCAUGUCAGGAAAUUCGUUAACGCAUCCAGCAACGCCUGAUGCAAUGACCCUUUACAAUAUCUUUCUUGAGGGAAAGAGAGUUGGCAUGGCCAGUGCAAUGAAAAAAGAGUCUUUCUCUACAGCAAAUAAAUUCCCUACUUCUCCCCCAUUAUCUCUUGCUACAAUACCUGCAACAUCAACAAUAACUCUGGUAACUUCUAAUACAUCCUCGACGACUACACCAAGUCCACCUAGUAUUUCAACGCCGCCAACGGUUAUGGCAAUUUCUCAACCUAUUACUGCAAGUAGUGAUGUUAGCCAGAACACUGCAAUUAGUGAUCGCCCAAAAGCUAAGCCCGUAUCUAAAAAGGAGGGAAAAAAUAUCCGAAAAGCCGCAUCUAGUAUGGCGGAUGGAAAAAUGCAACAACAACAAGCGACAUUGAUUGCUGGUCUCCAGCAACAAUAUCAACAGCAACAACAUCACCAUACGUAUCAAGUUCAACAGGUGCAUCAAUUACAACAACUGAACCAACAACUUCAAUUGCAAUUAGAUCAAGUACAGGUUCAGCAACAGCAGCAGCAACCACAACAACAGCAAGUUCAACAGCAACAACAACCGCAAGAACAACAACAGCAACAAUCGCAACAACAAUCUCAACAAAGUAGCAUUGUUACUGGUAGUGGUGGAGGAGUAUUGUUGCCUACUCAAUUGAUGUCGCACCUUCAUCCUACUCAUACGCAUCAUCUUCAUAAUCAGCAAGCAACAUCUCAGCAGAACCUUCCAGAACCAACAGAUCCUCAAUUAACAAGAUUACAUAGAGAUGGAACUUGUCCUUUCUUUGCUGCUGCUCAAAAAGCUAAAGCACUUUCUAACAACGAAAGAGUAAUAAAACUUGAAGAUGGAACUGAUAUUCCUCUUGAUGAUGCUUUUGAAAUUUUCCGUUCCAUUAGUUUCGAUGAUACUAUGGAUGCAACUGAAGAUCAAGAGAAACUCGAAUUGAAGAGAUUAGAAGUUUCCAAUAGUAAGGAACAACAAAACCAACAGCAACUUUUGCAAACUGCCCAAAUAAUUCAACAAGUAACCAGUCCUCAUACACCUCAAGAAUAUUUUGCUGGUCCUGUACCCACUGUACCACCAGUUUCUUUACCUACUCUACCAUCUUUACAAGUGACAAGUGCCGGAGUCCAAAUACAAGCAGAUAUAGCUCAAAGUCAAGUAUUGAAAGCUCGACUUUACCAAGAAGGUUAUCGCGAUGGUCUUCAAUUAAGACAACAGCAGAUCAUCCAUGAUACAUUUCAGUCGCAAUUGCUACUUCAGUCUUCUCAAAUAACAUUUCCUACCCAAACACUACCCACAAUUACUGGAGCAGCUGGAAUAAUGGACAAUAUGCCACAUCAAUCAAAUGGUUAUGUACAAUCUACAGUUUGUAGUACAAAUCAAGUUCAAGUUGCCACGCAAACUCAAGCACCAGCAACGACCACCGUUGCAACUGUGAUUCCUCCUGACAAGAAACAAGUUUAUACAGCGCCUACAACAGGAAAAGGCAAGAAAGCAAGAUAUCCGCUUCUUUCUCAACAACAGUCUUGUCAACAACAAACUACUACCACUAGCCAACAACAAACUCCUAACUUUCCAGCACAAAAUUAUCAAUUAGAUCCAGCAGCAGCUGCUGGUCAAUAUACAACCGGCGUUCCAGCAGUAGGUGGUUAUGCUACUAAUCAAGUACCACCAGUGCCAUUUGGAUGUAUGGAUGUAGAUUCGGAAACAGAUAGCAAUCAUGACACGGCACUGACAUUGGCAUGUGCAGGUGGUCAUGAAGAACUCGUAGAACUUCUUUUAAGUCGUGGUGCAGAUAUAGAACAUAGAGAUAAAAAAGGUUUUACUCCACUGAUCUUAGCAGCUACUGCUGGCCAUCAAAAAGUAGUAGAAAUUCUUCUUAAUCACGGAGCUGACAUAGAAGCCCAAUCUGAACGUACAAAGGAUACACCUUUGUCACUUGCAUGUAGCGGAGGCAGAUACGAAGUGGUUGAGCUCCUUCUUAACCGUGGUGCCAAUAAAGAACAUCGCAAUGUUUCCGAUUACACGCCAUUAAGUCUUGCAGCAUCUGGUGGUUAUGUGAAUAUAAUAAAGCUUCUUUUAAGCCAUGGCGCUGAAAUUAAUUCAAGAACUGGUUCGAAAUUGGGCAUUUCUCCGCUUAUGCUUGCUGCUAUGAAUGGUCAUACUGCGGCAGUUAAAUUACUUCUUGAUAUGGGCAGCGAUAUUAAUGCACAAAUAGAAACAAAUCGUAAUACUGCUUUGACACUAGCAUGUUUCCAAGGAAGACAUGAAGUUGUUAGCCUUUUACUUGAUCGAAAAGCUAAUGUGGAACAUCGCGCUAAGACGGGAUUAACACCAUUGAUGGAAGCUGCUAGUGGAGGUUACGUUGAAGUAGGUCGUGUAUUGCUUACCAAAGGCGCUGAUGUUAAUGCAACUCCUGUUCCAUCAUCUCGCGAUACUGCCCUUACAAUUGCUGCUGACAAAGGUCACUGCCGUUUCGUAGAAUUGUUACUAUCGAGAGGAACUCAAGUUGAAGUGAAGAAUAAGAAAGGAAAUAGUCCUUUAUGGCUUGCUGCUAAUGGAGGACAUCUUAACGUAGUAGAUUUAUUGUAUCAUGCUGGAGCGGAUAUAGAUUCUCAGGACAAUCGCAAGGUAUCGUGUUUAAUGGCGGCAUUUCGCAAAGGACAUAUUAAAGUGGUCAAGUGGAUGGUAAAUCAUGUAACACAAUUCCCGAGUGAUCAGGAUAUGACAAGAUACAUAGCUACUAUUAGCGACAAAGAGCUUUUAGAAAAAUGUCAAGAGUGUGUUAAAGUAAUAAGAGCUGCGAAAGAAACUCAAGCUGCUAAAGCCAAUAAGAAUGCAACAAUACUAUUGGAGGAACUUGAUAUGGAAAAGACAAGGGAGGAAUCGAAGAAGGCAGCAGCUGCUCGCAGACGUGAAAGGAAGAAAAAGAAGAAAUUAGAAAAGAAAGAGGAAAGACGAAAACUUCAUGAGGAAUAUAAAAAGAACGAAUCGAAUUUUGAUGAAAAGGAAGAAAAUGAGAAAAAAUCUGUGGACGAAGAAUGUGAUAGAACGGAAGAUAGUGAACACGAAGGUGGCGAUAGUUGUGAAAGAGUGGACAGUGUACCAUCACCUGUUAAUAGAAACCCGGAAGAUCCUGAUAGGGAGGAAGGUGAUAGUGGUAUUGAUGCAAACAGUCAAGGUAGUUGUAGUAGUAAUGAUGUCAAAGCGAGAGAGAAGAAAAAAGAUAAGAAAAAGAAAAAAAGUAAUAGUCCUAGUAACAAUGACAAGGAUACUUCCCCACAACGAUCAUCUAAAUCUAUUAUCACGCAGAAUACUUCCUUACCUCAGAAUACUGUAACACCUACUAAAUCACAAAAUAGUACUUCCGAAAAAAGAAAUUUGAGUAAUGUCACCAAUGCAACAUCUAUGACUUCCGCUUCGACCACAAGUACAAGAACCUCUGUCAAUUGUGGAGAACGUAAACUGAAAGGACAAUUGGUAUUUGAGUCAUCAAGGCAUCCAGCUGAUAGAGAAGAUUUUGAGGCCACUGGCAAUGAAACGUAUAUACCUGGAAAAGGGAAAAAACCUUACAGUAAUCAAUAUGAUGGGGAUUCUUUAAAUACAUCUUCAAAAGCAACUAAUACGACUAGUCCAAAACAAGGAGGUAAACGCGAGGAAGGUUGGAAAGAAGUUGUACGCAAGGGCCAAUCUGAUGAUUCGGGGAGAUUCAUGAACUCUCCUUUCCGUUCUAAAAAAGUUUCAGUGCCACCAAACGCUAUUAGUCGAGUAAUUGGUAGAGGUGGAAGUAAUAUAAAUGCCAUUAGAGGUGCAACAGGUGCUCAUAUUGAAGUAGAAAAACAAAGCAAGUCUCAAGGAGAAAGAAUAAUUACUAUCAAAGGAUCGUCUGAUGCUACAAAACAAGCACACACACUAAUUGCAGCACUUAUAAAAGAUCCAGAUGUUGAUAUCCUGCAAAUGCUGCCAAAGUCCAAACUUACUGUUGUUACAACUUCAUCUUGGGAUAAAGCUGUCUCCACUGUUGCCGCAACGAAGGCUAAAGUUGGUCCUGUAAAUAAGCCUACUACUUUGGGAUCUACUACCAGUAAUCCUCAAUCGAACAAAUCAGGAUACACAUCGGGAGUAUCCACCGUCAAUCAGCUGAUUCCUCUUCGGAGCGCGUCCACUAUUAAACUUGCCGGUGCCUUUCCAACAUCUUUACCAAGGGCUACAGCGCCUAGAUUAGUAGCUGCAGCUGAAAAACGUGCACAAGCUGCAGCUGCCCAAAUGGCUUCAUCAUCAAAUACGAAGACAACAAUGUCUUAUACCAGCGCAAUCAUGACAGCGGGAAGGGCAACAAAAAUUGUAACAACAAGUACCACGCAAACGUUUGCAGCUAAACUUUCUGAGAUCACUGCCUCGACACAUACUUCUACCACUGUCAUGCAAUCGACUCAUACUACUGUAAACAAGCAAAAGUCUCUACAAGCCAACACUGUGACCAUAGUAUCGGCCACAGCCGCAGGUACAGCUCAGACAUCUUCUCAACAGUCUCUAGUUAGUACAUCGCCAAAGCACUGCCGACCACUAGCUACAUUGUCUGCCCCGCCAACUAUUGCACCUCAUUAUACUGGAAAACCUAAUUAUUCGUCUGGCUCAAGUGUAACUCCGUCUGGCAUAAACGUAACGUCGACCUGUUCGGAAACCAAUGUGGUGUCAACUUCUGCUAAUUCUGUACGUGUAACACCCUCACCGCCUGCUGUAUCGCAAGCUCAAAACUUACAGCAACAACAUCAACAACAGCAGCAACAACAACAACAACAACAACAACAACAGCAGCAACAACAACAACAGCAAUUGCAACAGCAGCAACAGCAAGUGCGUAGUUCUACUCCUAUUGCGCCUACAUUGCAAGAACAACAACAGCAGCAACAGCAACAACAGCAACAACAACAGCAGCAGCAGCAGCAACAACCGAACAAUGCACCACUUGAGUAUUCCCUAUUUAAUGAUAGUUUCACAAAAGUGACACAGCAAUCAAUGUGGGGUGGCAGAGAAAAUGAAUCUCAAAAAAGUAUGAACUUCGCCACGGUCGCAGGAGGUGGAGUAUCAGUAAAUACAUCUGGCUCAUCGACAUCCAAAUUCAUCGAUAGUGUUCCACCUCAGGUGGAUGCAUCUAAGGCACCAGGUUACAGAGGAACAGCUAUGUGUUCUCCCGUUUCAAGUAAAUCUAGCGGCGUAACGAAUACGUCUGGAAAUGCCAUAGGCGGUGGUAUCUCAUCCUCCGUACAUAAUCCAAUACAGCCUCCUCAAUUCCAAUCCUCCGCGAAUUAUAACGAACAUCCUCUUCCGAAUAAGCCACCGGGUAGUUUAGCCGUAGCUCGACCAGUGAUUCCUCAGCAAAGUAUGGAAAUGGGUUCGACAAUCACGCAAUUUAAUCGGCCAGUCUUUCAAGGUGAUCUUACAACCCGGAACGCGACAACGCAUCAGCCACACGUUAUGCCCUCUACGUCUCAGCCUACGCUAGACGUUGGUCUAUUCAAAACUAAUAAUGGCAGUUACGAACAUCCAAGCGUAAAUUCGAGUUUACUUAAAAUGGUACCAAACGAAGGGCAAGCAGCGCAUCCUUUAUUACCCUUUCAUCCUCAUAUGCAAAGUUAUACACAGACUAUACCACAGUCUGCUUCUGUAAAUACUACCGUUAGUAUGUCCAGAUUGAACCCCAGAGCGCCCGACUUCUCUAGUUCAUUGCACUUGAGUAGCAAGCCUCAAGUGACUAUGUUUAACACAGGAUCAGGAAUUCAUCCCAAUAUGUUUGCUACCGUACCAGCACCUCCUCCAUCCGCGAUGCAAACCAAUAAUUUAGCCAUGCUGGGUAAUUUCCCUCUAGGAAAAUAUCAAGCUCCAUCACGUGGAACACCUAGUACUGGCAUCUCGGCAAAUGGUCAAACUCGUUGGCCAUUUGCACCUCCUCAUACUAAUUAUCCUCCGCAUCAGGAUCCAAUGAUGGGACAAAUUAGUUUUUCGAAUCAUAUGGCAAAUAUGACCGCACAACCUGGUAGUAUAGACUUAAUUACAAGUCUGGAAAAUGGAGGCUCACCAACAAUAUCACCAUCGUCACCGGCACAGGUUGCUCAGGAAAUUAAUCAAUUGAAAAUAGAAGAUAGAAAAGUGCCGCGGCCGAUUGGUACGGAAAGAGCGUGGAAGAAUUAUACAGCUACAGGAAUGGGACCUGGUGGUGAUGCCGAAUCCCUCAAUUGGAUGCUUAAUAACGAAAAACUAGUGGGAUCUUGGGCAAGUUUAGCUCCUGGCAUAGAUAGGCAUCAGAUGUUUCGUUCAAAUGCUACUUACAACCGUAUAUCUAAUGUUGAUGCCGAACUUCAUCAAAUGAUGGAAUCUUCCUUCCAGGGUCAUGUGGACGCUCAACAACCUUUUCCUAAUGGAAGUGCUGCCACUUUAUCUUUAAUGCCAGGUUUAACUUUGUUGCCUGGACAAUUUGGGGCACCUGGACUAGCAGAAAUGCCUCCUACUGAACCAACGAAAUUAGAUGCUCCCUCUUGGGGAAUUCCUGAUGCUGUCCAAGACAAACAACAUCCGGGGUGGAAUAAAUGGACUCAUUAAACAAAGAUCUCUCAUCUCAAGAUAAUGUUUCUUUAUCGUCUGAUCUGGAUGAAGAGAAAUAGAUUCGCAAUUCAAAGUAGCGAUAGAUGGAACUGACAUAACGAAGCGUUGUUUCUAGGCACAUCAACUACAUUACUACCUAUUAUAUUCAUUAAACUACAGAUCCAAUAUUACUUGUCAUGGUAGAAGAUAAGAUAGCAAAUCCUUACUACAGCUUAUUGCUAUUAUCUAGAGUAAUUAUCCGAUAAAUAUUGAAUACGGCAUAAACAGAUCAACGACGGCGAAGGAUCGACAAAACAGAAAGUAAUGUAACAAUUAAGUUACUUCGUUCGUUCAUAAGUCGAUCCUUAGCGCCGGUAGUAGCACGCUCUAGAACUAACCGACAAGAAUCGAAACGAUGUUGAUGAUGGUGACUCUGUUACUCUGUCAUUGGAAUACUCUGCCAAUUUGCGAAAUACGAAUAUAAUAUUCUUUACCAUUCGAUGCAACGUGUGCGCGUAUAUUAUAAUGCAAAUAUGCACACUUGUAAUACACAUGCACCAGAGACAAAUGUUCAGCUUUGAUUUUGACGGUAGUAAAUCCUACAUAACACGUAAGACUUUGCCAAUGAUCAAUUAUUUCAUCAUUAUCAGCAGUCUCUUUGAUGCUUCUCUACUAUUCUGUAUUCUAUAUUCUGUAUUCUUAUAUGUUUUUAGUUUCAUUGAAUAUAAGUAUGCUGUUAUUGAUAAUUCUUUAAUAUAUAAAAGACGCGAUAUAAGCAUUAAACAUUUUCGCGAAUUUCACAAAGUCGUGUUUAUUCCAUGGCUUUGCGUUAAAAUUUGAAUACAACCAUAUGCUGGAAGAUACUGAUAAAAAUAAGUGGGAGUUCAGAAUCCUAUGUAAUUUCGUAUAAUCGAUAUAUUCGUUCUUCCUGUUAUAUCCUCUAUACUCGCUCAUAAUCAUUUAAUUGAUGCUAUUAGUACUAUAAUUCCACUGCGCUCUAUAAAACUCAUGUUCAAUAUCAUUGUUAGCAGCGAUGAUAAUGAAAAACCUAUAGCGAACUGAUUGUAUAGAUUGCAACGAACACACGUUGGUGUUGCAUUGGCAAUAUUCAAUGACUAUGCUAGUUCGGGGCUUUAGUUCACCAUUCGCUGAUACAAGCAUACACGGAUAUAUUAUUUUCAGAUUGUCCUUAUUAACAAGAUAAUAACCACCACCAUGUGACAGUUUAUUACGUGCACAGAUUAUCGUAUGACUGUUAGCAAAGAGAAAUUUAUACUUGAGCACAACGCAAGGAAAUGACCAGGCUCUUAAAACCCAAUCUACGUAAGCAAUGAUGUUGGCAAAAACCAACAUAUAAGAUUGUAUUAAUAAUACAUUAUAUUACGUAUACUGAAUCCUAUUCAGAUCAAUGAAUACUGUUCAUCAUUAAAGUGGUAGCGGACCGCCAACACGUAAUAUAACUGAGCGUGUCCUAGCGACAGUGCUAUUAUAAUACUAUUAUUGCUGUGGUGGUAAUGUUUAUUAUUAUAUUAUGAUUAUUAUUAAAAAAAAAGAAAAAAAAAACAACUAGAGGAAAGGAAGGUGCAUAGGAAUGUGUCACCUGCUGUCUCGGCUGGACUAGUAGGAUAUACUAAAUAAUAUAGAUACACUCGAUAUAUGAAAUGUUCAUUUUAAUUGAACAUUUGAAAAUCUUUCUUGGCGGGGAUUUCGGCAAGUGUUCAAUACAUAACGACGAUACUAUAAUUGAAACGGUCCCCGUAUAAGUUUCAAUUAAGCUCAUGAAAAAUCAUACGAGGGCUUUGACCUAUAUUCCAGGGAGCGCUUCAAUUAUUCUCUAAGAUACAUUGUUAUAAUUUAAAGCCUAUUUUCAAAUUUGAUUUAUGAUAACUGCGAUAUAUGAUACAAAACUAUUAUAUGACAUAUAACAAUAAAGCAACUAAAUAAAUAAUGA